AGUAAAAGAAAUGCUCCCUGAAUUAACUUCUGCGUUCACACUAAGCACAGAGCGAGACCACAAUGGAAUCGCCGUCCCUGCCAAACUGCCGCCAUGACCUCGGCGGAACUGAAGCCGCCAUCUUCGUCGGAAUCAAGUCGUCGCCGGACGCUGUCGUCGCCGGAAUUGUCAUCGCCGACCUAGGACUAGAAAUGGAUCGCCUGCCAAAAUGCGGGGCGAAUUAUGUGCCACUCACCCCCAUCACAUUCUUGAGAAGGGCAUCCAAGUGUUAUGCCAACCGCACCUCCCUCAUCUACUCCGGCGGCGUCCGCUUCACCUGGCGCCAGACCUACCUCCGCUGCCUCCGCCUCGCCUCCUCCCUCCGCCGCGCUCUCAAUGUCGUCAAGAACGACGUCGUUUCGGUACUGGCCCCGAAUGUGCCCGCAAUGUACGAGAUGCACUUUGCAGUCCCGAUGGCUGGGGCGGUGUUGAACACCGUCAACACCAGGCUGGACGCGAAGGGCAUCGCCGUCAUUCUCAAGCACUCCGAGGCCAAGGUCUUCUUCGUCGACUACGAGUACGUGGACAAGGCAAGCAAGGCACUCGAGCUGCUGAUGGCAUCAAAUACUCCAAUGCCGCUAGUGGUUGUUAUCGACGAUGUCGCCUACCCCACUGGGACCCGGUUGGGCGAGCUCGAGUACGAACAGUUAGUGUUCGAAGGUCGCCUACCCGAUCGGGAGGAGGAGGCCGUCGUGGUGGAUGACGAAUGGGAUGCGAUCACACUGAGCUACACGUCGGGCACCACCUCCGAGCCAAAAGGGGUCGUGUACAGUCAUAGGGGAGCCUUUCUGAGCACUUUGAGCUUGAUUUUGGGGUGGGAGAUGGGAACCCAACCCGUCUAUUUGUGGUCACUCCCCAUGUUUCAUUGCAACGGGUGGACCUUCACUUGGGGGAUCACCGCCCGCGGCGGGACAAAUGUCUGCAUACGCAACACCUCUGCAGGAGAAAUGUACAGCGCCAUAACGGAGCAUGGCGUAACCCACAUGUGUUGCGCCCCCAUCGUGUUUACCAUUCUCUUGGAGGCGCAGCCACACGAGCGUCGGGAGCUGGCUUCUCCCGUCAGCAUUCUAACCGGAGGGGCCCCGCCUCCCCCGGCACUCUUGGAAAGGAUCGAGGCACUUGGGUUCCACGUCGUGCACGCUUACGGCCUCACCGAGGCCACCGGACCUGCCAUGGUCUGCGAGUGGCAGGGAAAGUGGGACCGGUUGCCCGUAGAAGAGCAGGCAGGCCUGAAGGCGAGACAAGGGAUCAACAUACUCACACUCGCGGACGCCGACAUGGUCCGAGAUCUCAACACCAUGGAGAGAGUCCCGCGCGACGGCCGAAGCAUGGGAGAAAUCGUCCUCCGGGGAAGCAGCAUCAUGAAGGGCUACUUUAAGAACGAAAAGGCCAACUCCGAGGCCUUUAGAGACGGGUGGUUUGUCACAGGAGACGUCGGGGUCAUCCACCCCGACGGCUACUUGGAAAUCAAAGACCGGUCCAAAGACGUGAUCAUCUCCGGCGGGGAGAACAUCAGUAGCAUAGAAGUGGAAAACGCGAUCAUGAAGCACCCGGGCGUCUCCGAAGUCUCGGUUGUAGCCAUGCCGCACCCAAGGUGGGGAGAGAGCCCGUGCGCCUUCGUGGUCCCUAGAGCCGCUGCCAAUGCCGGGAAUACGAGCGAAGCGGACAUCGUCGCACAUUGCCGGAAAACUCUCUCCGGUUACAUGUUGCCAAAGAAGGUCGAGUUCGUGAGAGAAUUGCCCAAGACAUCCACCGGGAAAGUUCAGAAACACUUGCUUAGGGAGAUGGCGAAGACGUGGGCGGAAAUUAGCAGGGGUGAUGAGUCGGCUGCAACAAGUAUUAUUGACCAGAUCCGAACCCGGAUCCGAAACUUUGUAUCUCUUGAACUGGAUCUGGGAGGAUUCGCGGUUGCUUCCGUUGAAGGUAUGGAGAGAAGUGACGCAGCAAUCCUUUUAGGCUGCGCCGGCAGGUGACCACCGUGUAAGUCUUCUUCCAGGCUGCCUGGUUCCCGGACGAGUCUCGUCCGAAUUCUGUAUAGUAUCACCGGAAUUGGAGUAGGGCCUCUGGAUUUUUGGCCGUGUGAGACCACAUCGGCGGAAAUUUCAACAGGGGCAAAUCAGUGAAUAAGUUGGUUAGGUCGGG